GCCGUCUCAGUGAUCCGGGGAGCGCAAGCCAAGGCGGUUGUGCGUUAACGCCGCAGUUGGUUAUUGUGAAUCUAUAGUGGUGUUUUGAACAGUAAUGGCAACUGAAAUGGAAUCUGCUGCUGAUAUGAAUGAUGCUGGCACACAGCUUUUGGAAGAAGAAAAACGUCCUACAGUUUUGCCCUUAGAAACAGCAAAAAAAGCGAAACCAGCUGGCGCUGAGCAAGACGAUGGAGCGACGGAAAAGCUAGUCUCGAAUGAAAAAAUUAACUCCAAUAAAGAUGCUUCCGAAGUAAAGUUCUUGUCGGCAGAUUCACAGAAUGGAGACGCGAAGAUUGACAUUGAAAAUCUAAAGCUAGCUUUCACUGGGAUGACGAAGGAAGAAUUGAUGAAAUUUGCAAAUGACCCUUUUUGGAUUCGUUUGAGAUGGCUGCUUUUCGUCCUGUUUUGGCUUUUAUGGGUAGCUAUGCUAGCAGGUGCGAUUGCGAUUAUUGUGAUGGCCCCGAAGUGUGCACCACCGGCUCCACUGAAAUGGUGGGAAGAAGGCCCGCUGUAUGAAAUUUACGUCAGGUCAUAUAAAGACGGUGGCGUGGACCAGGAUGGUAUAGGGGACCUCAAAGGUGUGACUUCAGAAGUAAAGUACGUUGACGAACUGGAUAGCACAGGCAUAAUUUUAUCAUCUAUUUUCAAGUCAGAUAAUCAGGAUCCCGAUGCUGUUGAAAGUUUCAAAGAAGUAGAUCCAAUAUAUGGGUCACUGGAAGAUUUUAAAGAACUCCUAUCAGCGGUUAAGAACAGGAGUUUGCACUUGGUACUAAAUUUUAUACCGAAUCACACCAGCAAGAAACAUCCUUGGUUUAUUGCAUCAGAAAAUGGUAGUGACAUCUACAGUGAUUAUUACGUGUGGGCUCCAAGCAAAGGACAGAAUGAUGAUGGAGAAAUACCACCUAAUAAUUGGGUCAGUGUUACUGGUGGAUCAGCAUGGGAGUGGAGCAGCAAACGAGGGAUGUUUUACUUGCAUCAGUUUGGUAAAGAUGAGCCGGAUCUAAACAUGAGGAAUCCGAAAGUUGUUGCUGAAAUAAAGAAAGUGCUGCAGUUCUGGUUGGAACUUGGUGUUAGUGGAUUCCAGUUAGAAAAGGUGGAGUUCCUGCUAGAAGAUGAAGAGCUGAAAAAUGAAACUCCAUUACCUGUUCCAAGUGAUGCCACCCAUUUAGAUUGGGACUUCUACACACAUCUCCAUACAACUAAUCUUCCUGGGAUAGUAGAUAUACUCACUCAAUGGAAGGAAGUCAUUACAAGUUAUGGUGAUGACAGGAUUCUUAUGGUCAAAGGAAAUGCGUCAAAGAAUGCACUGCAUCAAUACGCUAAAAAUAAUGGCACAGAUUUAGUGGAUUUGGUACAGCCGACAGAAACUUUCACUCUUCUGAAGGAAGGAUUUACUGCUGAUGAUUUGAAUGACAUUGUGAAGAAAGUUUUGGACAGCAGUAAUACCGGACGUCCUGUCUGGCAGUUAUCGGGUGGACACAGCGAACGUAUUGCUACACGUGUUUCGAGAGAAGCUGUGGAUGGCCUUACCAUGCUUGUUAUGCUAUUGCCGGGAACACCAAUUACCCUGUAUGGAGACGAAUUAGCAAUUGAAGGAGCAAGUAACAUAUCAAUGCCCUGGAACAACUCGUCACAAACCGGGUCUUCACAGGCACCUUCUGCAGGUGAUACUGGUAGCAUUAGUUUUGAUACCAUUGCAUCAUCUCAGCUGACUGAUAGAAGUCACUUGAACCUGUAUAAAGACUUAGUGAAGCAGCGUGAGUCACCAUCUAUAAUGUAUGGCUCCUGUGACACAUCAGUCAUAAAUGGCACAGUGUUUGUCAUGACAAGGAUACGAAUUAAAAGUGGCAACCCGGGAAUCUUGGUUGCCUUCAACCCCAGCAGUAACAAUGUUACUGUCAAUUUGAACAGUAUUGAUAACAUAUCAGAAGAAUUGACUGUGCAGUUACAAAGCUCUAAUUUUGUGCAUGAUACCGUCAGACUGAAGUCAAAGAUAGAUACUGAUGAAGUUCCAUUGCCUGCAAAAGCUGCAUUGGUUCUCAGUUUUGUUCCGAAGCUGACCUCCUAAAUGCACCCUGACAACUGUCAUUAAAACAGUGGAUUUUUAUUUAUUUGUACGCUAGCAUAGUAUUUAAAAUUUGACCUGCUCUCAGUAUUUUAAUAACUGUAACACACAUGGUGAAUGAAUUCAUGUAGCCACUUGAGAUUGUCCAUAAACAUUGGCAUUUUUCAGCUUGGCAAACUAA